AUGGCGAAGCGAAAGUUUGUAUCGUCCAAGAAAAACGCGCCAAGUCGUACGAUCUCGAGCAAAGAGGCGGCGCUACGUGGCCGAAGUGGUGGCGCAGACGGAGCGGCAUCAGAAUCGAGUGACUCGGCGGCCUCUUCGAACGUAGAGUCGUCCACGCCAGUGUCCUCCGAGAGCGAACAAGAGGAUGAUGACGGUAAUUUGACCGCUGGUCAACAGCCGGUCGCGGUGGACGUGAUGCCGGCUAGUGUAGGAAGGGGAAAGCAAUUACGAUUCCCAAGUGCUAUAUCGCGGGGCAAGGUAUUGCCGACUGAAGGCGGUGUCGACUCGGACGCUGAAGAUUCGGAUGAUGAGAGUUUGUUGUCAGUUGCAGAAAGCGACGACGAAGAGCAUGACCGAGGAGCAACGACGACGGAGGUAGAGGAGGAACCUGCUAUCGUGAUGUCUGUUGAUCACGAGAAGCUUACUCAGGCGAGUCAUGAGUCGAAAGCAAAUAAUGAAACCACGUCAACGUACCCGAUCAAGGCUGUCCGCGCGCGGAAGCGACAUCGACCAGACUCCGACUAUUACAAGCAAAUGUCCACGUAUGUGCGGGACUGUUUGCUCAGAGUACGGUGCACUAGCAAUAGUGAGACUUCCAUCGACGCAAUUGAAAUUGAGUCAUCAUCGCGGCACGAUGAGUUUCGGCGACAGCUAGCUGUGGGAGAAGCAGAACGCGUGACAUGGAAGGAGCCUCCUUCUGUGGAGUCUGGCACGGGAGAUCAAUCCGAUGAAGCCAAAUCUAGCAAGAUGAACCAGUCAAGCAAAUCUAGCAGCUUGAGCAAGACCAGCAAGCCGGUCAAGUCCAACAGCAAAGACAAGGAGCUGGUGAUGGACUCAAAGAAGACCAAUACAAAUAAGUCGGCUUCUCUUCCGUCGAAUGAAAAUGCAGCUGAUAAUCUGACACUGCCGGCUCGAUCCCCGGCACCUGUUGCACCGACAAUCUGUGAAGUAUGCAAAAAGAAGAUGAAUGGUGAAACAGGAAAGGAGGAAGAGCAGGAACGACUAGGUAAAAGUGUGAAGACUGUGAAGACUGAAGAUGUGAAGGAACCACUAGGAGAGGUGAAGAAGGAGAACACUGCGCCCCAGGCCUCUACUCCACCUGUUGGGUCUUUUAUGAUCACAUUCUUACCCGAAGGUGAUGCACAGAAGCUACGGCUAGAGUCAGCAAAACUGAUGGACGAGGCACGAAAACUGAAGCACGAGGGUAAUCGUCGUGGAUCUAGUGAAUGCGGCACGGAGGGACAGCUCACACAAGGCAAGUAUUACCUACGCUCGGGUGCUAAGUUUUUCGCAUACGCACUGAAGCUGCAAGAAGUGAAAGUGGCGUAUCAGAAAAAAAGUGACGCUCAGCACGCGCAAUCGUUUGGCGAGAACUGUAUCACGACUCUUUCGCAGACGUCAUCGCUGGUUGAGAGCACCAUUCGCGCGUUUCAGAGUGCCGGCAGCAUGCGGCUAGCCGCCCUCGGCUGCAAAAUGGCUGCAGUAAUACAUCUUACUGUUUAUCGGCUGCAGCACCGCAAGCUGCAGUCAUUCUAUUCGGAGCUAUUUACACCCGGACGCUCACCCGAAUCGCGGGAGAACGGCCUCACUCCGCCCAUCGAUCCGAACAAUAACCUGAACAGCUGCAGCAGCAAAGAUGCUGCUAUGCGCAAGCACUUGCUGAAGGAGAUGGAACACACACUGCGCGGAUUUGAAAUGUGGCGACGUUACGAGUCUUACAAGGUGAGUGUGUUACCGCGAGUGACAAACCCUGUGAUUUUAGACCCAGCUGUGUUUUUUGAAGACCUCGAAGCAGAGCUCAGUCAGUCUUAG